UCCAUUCCAUUCCCAAACCUAAUUUCUCACUCCACCCAAAACCCUAGACCUCAGAGCUCGACGAAAUGUCAGCCGCCGCCGCCCGCCCCCUCGUCACCGUGCAGUCGCUGGAGAGCGACAUGGCCACCGACGCCAACUCCGUCCCCCUCCCCGACGUCAUGAGAGCAGCGAUCCGACCGGACAUCGUCACAUUCGUCCACGGCCAGAUCUCGAAGAACGCCCGCCAGCCCUACUCCGUCUCCAAGCGCGCCGGCCACCAGACCUCCGCCGAAUCGUGGGGAACUGGCCGUGCCGUCUCGCGUAUCCCCCGCGUCGCCGGCGGCGGAACGCACCGCGCCGGACAGGGAGCCUUCGGCAACAUGUGCCGCGGAGGGCGCAUGUUCGCGCCGACCAAGAUCUGGCGCCGCUGGCACAGGCAGGUGAAUGUGACGCAGAAGCGCCACGCUGUUGUUUCCGCGAUCGCCGCCUCCGCUGUUCCGUCGCUGGUGCUCGCCCGCGGUCAUAAAAUUGAGGAAGUUCCGGAGCUGCCGCUGGUUGUUUCCGACGCCGCUGAGGCUGUGGAGAAGACCAGCGCUGCGCUGAAGGUUUUGAAGCAGAUCGGAGCUCAUCCGGAUGCGGAGAAGGCGAAGGACAGCCAGGCGAUUAGGGCGGGAAAAGGUAAAGCGCGUAACCGCAGAUAUGUUUCCCGGAAAGGACCGCUCGUGGUCUACGGAAACGAGGGGGCGAAACUUGUGAAGGCUUUCAGGAACAUUCCUGGAGUUGAAAUUGCUCACGUUUCCCGCCUUAAUCUGCUGAAGCUGGCCCCGGGAGGCCACCUCGGAAGGUUUAUUAUCUGGACGAAAUCUGCGUUCGAGAAGCUUGAUGCGAUUUACGGCACAUUUGACAAGGUUUCUGAGAAGAAGAAUGGAUAUGUGUUGCCGAGGGCGAAGAUGAUCAAUGCUGAUUUGGCUAGGAUUAUCAAUUCUGAUGAGGUGCAGUCGGUGGUGAAGCCGAUUAAGAAGGAGGUGAAGAGAGCGCCUCUGAAGAAGAACCCUCUGAAGAAUCUUCAAGUCAUGUUGAAGUUGAAUCCUUAUGCUAAGGCUGCUAAGAGGAUGGCUCUUUUGGCUGAGGCGCAGAGGGUUAAGGCCAAGCAAGAUAAGCUUGAUAAGAAGAGGAAGCCAAUCACUAAGGAAGAAGCAUCGGCGAUCAACUCAGCCAGCAAAUCUUGGUACAAGACCAUGAUUUCAGACAGUGACUACACCGAAUUUGAGAACUUCACAAAGUGGUUGGGUGCGUCUCAGUGAUCGAAAUCUUGGUUUUCGUCUGUAAUAGUCUUUAUAUGAAUCUUGAACUCACUUACUGUGGUUUUUUCGAGCUCUUGUUAGACAUGUUUUUGUUUGUGUGGGAUAGAGAUGACUACUGGAAUAACUUUUCCAUCUCGAGUUCAUUUCUUUAUUCCCUUGUUAGUUUGAAAAAUUUUGGUUUAGACACUAUAUCAAGUAUUUUUACCUUAUUA